AGGGAACUCGAGAAGGGACUUGAGAGGGAACUAGAGAGGUGCCUUGAGAGGGAACUCGAGAAGGGACUUGAGAGGGAACUUUUGUCGGUCGGUACGCCGACAGGACACGGGGAGCUGGGAUCGGCCGGAACGCCGACAGGACACGGGGAGCUGGCGACGACCGGAGAGCCAGUACUGGAGCCGAAACCAUGGCUGCUGGGGCCAGAACUGGGGCUGGAACCAUGGCUGUGUGGGCCGGUUCUGGAGCCGGAACCAUGGCUGCUGGGGCCAGAACUGGGGCUGGAACCAUGGCUGCUGGGGCUGGUGAUGGAGCCAGAAACAUGGCUGCAGGGGCCGGUGCUGGAGCCGGAAAGAUGGCAGCAGGGGCCGGUGCUGGAGCCGGAAACAUGGCUGCAGGGGCUCGGGCUGGUAGCCUGGACCUGGGUCUCCUUCUCUUAGGAGCCUUUUGGAGGCUCUGUGGACCUCCAAAAGCCAGAAGAGACCCAUCAAAAGCGUUCUCGAAAGAAGCUAUGUUGGGAACUGUGGCAGGCAGGGGGUUAGCAUGCCUGGGGCUAGCAGGCCGGGAAACGCAUGUCUGGAGGAAGUCCAUAAUCCAGCCAGGUAAGAACUUCACUAACCCUGGUUUCUCUGUUGCC